AUGGUUUGCGCACUCAUUCUGCUCGCAGAGGGGACGGAGGAGAGCGAGUACACCAUCACGUACGACGUGCUCGUUCGCGGUGGUGUCUCGGUCCGUUCCGCGCUCGUCCCUCCCUCCGAUCAUGCCUACGUCACCUGCUCACGCGGCGUCAAGAUCGUGCCCGACAUCGCCCUUCCUGACCCAGCCGAGGCGGCGCGCGAGUACGACGCACUCAUCAUCCCAGGUGGGGCCAAGGGCGCUCAAACCAUCAGCAGCUCCAGCGACGUCCAAGCCCUCAUCAAUGAUAUGCACGACGCAGGCAAGGUGGUCGGCGCAAUCUGUGCAGGCUCGCUCGCCAUCAAGGCGGCGAAUCUAGCCCCUGGUGCCAAAAUCACAUCGCACCCCUCGGUCAAAAGCCAACUCGAAGCCGACUACGACUACCGCGAGGAGCGCGUGGUGGUGUCGGACCGACUCAUCACAUCGCGCGGACCAGGAACGACAUUCGAGUUCGCGCUCGCGCUCGUCACCUCUCUCGUCGGCGCCUCGAAAGCACAAGAGAUUGCUGGUCCAAUGAUUCUUCCUCCCGUGUAA